UCGGUACGCAGUGAUAACCCAGGGGAUGCGGCAGAGUAUGAGCCUGCAGCCGGGCACAGCCUGUCACAGCGCUGCUCGCCAUGGAGGGACCACACCGCAGCUGCCUCCUCCUCCUCCUCUGCCUGCUCCCACCACCGGGCAUUCCAGACCCACCACCACGUCUGGAGGAACCUCGGGAGCCGCUGAUGCCACCGUCCAGCACCGCUGACCCCGCCGCCCACCUGCUGCGCGGCCACCCCUCGGCCCCGGUGCGACCCUACAGCCUGUCGCUGUCCCCCGAGGAUUAUCGCUACGCCCCCAAGCCCCGGCACCUGCGCCCCGGGCGGCUGCGCCGGCUCCUGGGCUCGGCCUUCGACCCCUUCUGGAUGGCGACCGAGGAGCCCCGCAGUCGCAACGGGAGCAUCUUCGAGGAGAACCUGGAGUCCAUGAGCAGGGACCUGGCCGAGGGUGCCGGGCGAUAUCACCGCAAGCUGUGGCGAGAGGUGGAGGGGCUGGAGCUGCCCCCCGCCCCAGAGCUGCCCCCAGAGCUAGCGGGGGCCCUGGCCCGCCGCCUGCGGCAGUGGCUGGUGGAACGGGCCACCUGCCGCCUCACCUCCGCCUGGGUCGACCUAGGACCCGUCUUCUGGCCCCGCUGGGUGCGCCACACCACUUGCGAGACCGGCCCCCCCGGCUGCUCCUGGCCCCCCGGCAUGAGCUGCCGGCCCGCACAGCUCACCCGCAUCAAGCUGCUGGCCUGGCACUGCUGGACCCCGCAGCAGCCCGGGCCCCCAAGCUGCACCUGGCGGCAGAUCCCCUACCCCGUUGUGGCCGCCUGCAAGUGCUCCUGCCGCUGAGGGGGCUGCGGGGGCUACGGAGGUACCCCCGGUGCCUGUUCUUGCAGCCAAAAGGCCUGAAAAGGCAAACGGCUGCCUGGACUCACCCUUGGA